UCCACACCAACCUCUGUGCUGCAGCAGCAACAGACGACGCCUACAACACAUUCCACCCCUACGCAUGCUGCCAUGUAUGAGGAUCCCCCACCUGUGCCAAUCGUGCCCGUGCAGCAGCAGCAACAACAGCCGCCUCUCCAGCACCUGCCCCCGCCACAACAGCAGCAGCAACAGCAGCAGCAACAGCUUACAACAACUCCUGUUGGCAGUGCCCUUAGUCCCGCCCAGACGCCUACUGGAACUGCCCCACAGCAGACUCAGCAUCUCACAUCACCUCAUCAUCAGCAGCAACAACAACAGCAGCAGCAACAGCAACAACAACAGCAGCAACAGACGCCAAACAGCGCCCCAAGUGGCCAGCAACAAAGCUCUGUUGUGGCAUCUGGCCAGAGCCAAAUUGUUGCUCCAACAACAGCGAGUGUCUCUCCCUCCAGUGUUAGUUCUCAACAAGCAGACAUGUCCAUCUCAUUAGCACCAAUACAUAUACCCGCGAUCAGGCCUGGCUUUGAAACGGACGCAACGACGCCAGUUAAGCGGCACGCGCAUCCGUGGCCGUACGAGAAUGAGUUCAACCAGUACCAUGCCUCACCGUACUAUCUCGAUAGGGAUCGCAAGCCUAUGUUCUACGGCUACCCCGAGACCCAGUUUCAGCCUGCAUACUGGCCCAACUAUCGCGAUCAGCCAACCUCCGCUGCAGCAGCGGCCUACAUGAGCGCCACCGACGAGCGCCAUGCUUCAGUUAGUGCGGCAGCAGCGGCGCGGCAGUCAGUGGAGGGCACUUCGCAGUCCAGCUACGAGACGCCCACAUACUCCUCACCUGGUGGGCUGCGCGCCUUUCCCGAGGCCUACUCGAGCACAGGCACUUCUGGUGGACUCUCGGUGGGCGCUGUCGGGCCUUGUACGCCAACAAAUGCGAUGCAUGAGUGGACCGGACAGGUGUCGGUGCGAAAAAAGCGCAAGCCGUACUCAAAGUUCCAGACGCUGGAGCUGGAGAAGGAAUUUCUUUUUAAUGCGUACGUCUCGAAGCAGAAGCGCUGGGAGUUGGCGCGUAAUCUACAGCUGACGGAGCGUCAGGUAAAAAUCUGGUUUCAAAAUCGACGCAUGAAGAACAAGAAGAACUCGCAGCGACAGGCCACGCAGCAGAACAACAACAACAACUCCAGCAGCAACCACAAUCAUGCUCAAGCGGCACAGCAGCACCACAACAACCACCAUCUCAACCUGGGCCUGAGCAUGGGUCAUCAUGCCACGAAGAUGCACCAGUGACCUUUGGACAACAGCAACGCUGGCGCCAUGGGCUUUGCCACCUACUAGCAUUUAGCCAAUCCCCAUCCGACGUCGCAGCCACACUUCGAGCCCCAUCUCAGUUCGGUCAAGAACGAGAUGAUGCUUGACUUUACGUGCUAGCUGAGAGACGAGAUCCACCAACGAACCCCGUAUGCCAAACACAUCGGACCUCACAGAUCACUUUGAGGGCAGAAAUGUGGCGGACGAUGAGGAGGGAGGCAGCUAGGAGCCUAAGAGCUGGCGUUGCUGUUUUAUUCAAAGUCUUAACCGUUGGCUCACCCCAACAAGAGUUUCAAAAUGUUCUUUAAUGAAGUACAGUUAAUUGAUAAGUCCGUGCUUGAAUAACCCCAUAUAAAAGCAAGACAAACAAAUGUAAAUCACCCAGUUUAUUAUAGCUUGGUGCAGUAGGUGAGUGCAGUGGCAGAGUUAGCUGCAUAAAGCAUUAAUGUAAACAAUAUAUAAAAAAUGGGAGAAGAAGGCGAAGAAGGGGAAGGAGCAGAAGUACGA